ACUGUUCCAGUUGGCGUUAUUUGCGUCCAGGUCGCCUUUGGCUGAACUGUCGAACUGUCGCGCAUGCGAGUUUGGAAUCGGCCCCCGGUCGCUCCGCCAUCUUUGUCGGCAGCCCAUUGUUCACUCCGAAGCUAACAACGGUGUCAAAACCCUGUACAUCUCGUAUUAAAGUAUCCUGACUUUGUCACCGACAGCUGACUGUGACCGUCGUGGAUUUGCUCACAAGGUCGCGACUUGUUUUCGGCCACUAAGUGAGACAGAAUGGACGACGAGCAGCCGAAAACCCUGUAUGUGGGGAAUCUGUCCCGGGACGUGACGGAGGCCCUCAUCUUGGAAUUGUUCAGCCAGAUUGGGCCUUGUAAAAGCUGCAAAAUGAUAGUAGAUACAGCAGGGCACGAUCCAUACUGCUUUGUGGAGUUCUAUGAGCAUAGACACGCCACUGCUACAAUCGCAGCCAUGAAUGGUCGGAAAAUACUGGGUAAGGAGGUGAAGGUCAACUGGGCCACGACCCCAACGAGCCAGAAGAAAGACACGAGCAGUCACUUCCAUGUUUUUGUUGGAGACCUUAGUCCAGAAAUCACCACAGAUGACAUAAAAGCAGCUUUUGCUCCGUUUGGAAAAAUAUCGGACUGUCGCGUUGUGAAAGACAUGGCCACAGGUAAAUCUAAAGGCUAUGGUUUUGUCUCCUUCUUCAACAAAUGGGACGCAGAGAACGCCAUCCAGCAGAUGGGGGGCCAGUGGCUAGGAGGACGGCAGAUAAGGACCAACUGGGCCACGAGGAAGCCUGCUCCUAAAACGACAAAUGAAACAGCCAGUACCAAACAGCUCUCUUUCGAUGAGGUGUUAAAUCAGUCCAGCCUCAGUAACUGCACAGUCUACUGUGGAGGAGUCACACAAGGUCUCACAGAGCAAAUAAUGAGACAGACCUUCUCACCUUUUGGCCAAAUAAUGGAGAUCCGUGUUUUCCCUGAAAAAGGCUACUCCUUUGUGAGGUUUAACUCCCACGAGGCCGCAGCUCAUGCCAUAGUUUCUGUAAACGGUACCUCCAUAGAGGGCAACAUUGUAAAGUGCUACUGGGGGAAAGAAACAACAGACAUUGUACAGGGCCCCAUACAGCAGGUACAGAUGGCACAGCAGAACACGCUGAGCUUCGCAGCCCAACCCUACAACCAGUGGGGCCAGUGGUACAGCAACACGCAACAGAUCAGUCAGUACGUGCCCAACGGAUGGCAGGUGCCAAGCUACGGCGUCUAUGGACAGGCCUGGGAUCAGCAGGGCUACAAUCAUUUACAUGCUGGAGCUGGAUGGACGGGCUUGGGCGCCGUGAGCAACGGGGGCAUGGUGGAACCUGGGCAGGGAGUCAACGGGACAAUGCUAACCAACCAGGCAGGCAUGAGCACCACUGGAUACCCCACCCACUGAUCACAGACCCCACCUCCACCCCCCCACCCUCUCUUAGAGCCCAAGGACAUCAGGAUUACACUCUGCUGGGGGAAGGAAGGAGCGCACCAGACGUGCUCUGACUGUCACACCACAAAAAUUACUCCUAGUGAAGCUGGUCUGCCAUUUUCUUUUCUUUUUUUUUUUUUUUUUUUUAAACCAGCCCAGAGCCUCACCCACUGCCCAAAUCAGCAGGUUGAAACAUGACUAUAUACACAUUAAACACUGAUAAAGCCACCGCUAAUGCACAUUGCAUUCCUGGACCCCCCCAGACCCCCCCUCUGGUUUUUAUUGUUUGGUGUGUUCAUGGCCAAAUGCAAACUUAACAUUUAUCUGUUUAUUAUAUUUCUAGCAGAGAGCGUUUAGUUGAAAGAAAAGAAGUGUUACAUGAUUUAAAGCAAACCUUUCUAUGUCCUCAGCCCCUGAAAGCCAAAAAUCAAGGGCAGAAUUUUAUAUCACUAUUUAACAAUCAUCCAUAGAGGGAAAGGCAGCGCAGCGCUUGGUAACCUACAGUAUUGCAAACCCAGCCGCUCCACAUGCCGACAAAGAGCUGUUCCUUUUUCUCUCCGUUAAAGCGCCGCCGACCUAAACCCGCUGUCCGCUCGUUGCCGUAGUGACGCAGCAGUCCCGAGUGAGUUCUCAGGGUGUGCUCUAGUUUAUUCUAAUGAACCGUGGAGGUCAGCAGGUUGGGAAGGAAACUGGUCACAGCAAAAAGCUGCAAACAAACGCCAGAGCUUCUUCAUGCCAUAUCCUGGACCGGAACUGGACCGGACCUAAACGGACGGAACGGAGAGAGGAGCUCAUCUGUGGAUGAAGAUGUGUGUGUGUGUGUGUGUGUGUGUGUGUGUGUGUGUGUGUGUGUGUGUGUGUGCGCGCGCGCUCAUGAACUGAUGCUUUUGCUCACCAAGACUACAUCGCUGUCAUCUACCCCCUCCCCAAAACCCAGAAGGGUCUAUGCCAUUGUAUCUUUUUUUUGUUUUUGUUUUUAUUGUGACGGAGGAGUGGUUUGCUACAAAACUGCUUGAGAAAAAUUUUAUUUUAUUUUUUUAUUUUUUUUUAUUUCCGGGCAACGUUAAAUGCUGACAUUGUAUAAAGCGCUUUCGCCUUUUGUGUUUCAUUUCAGGACUGAGGAAACGUUGAGGCGACGCCAUCAAAUCAUGUACACGCGAGAUCCUUUUUACGUUUGGACAUCAUUAAGCGGCUGUCGACCUGAUUUCUUUCUCUUUUUUUUUUUUUUUUUUUCAAAUUCGUAUAUAUCUCUAAACGAUUGCAGGGAUUACUGCCACUCUUAUCUUACGUACAGGCAGACAAAGAUUGCACAAAACUUGGUUAUCCUUCCACGAAAUUUGAAGUACUUUAAAUUUUCUUUCUUUUUUUUUUUUGCAUUCCACUUUUUCUGCGUUUUUUUAUUUUUUAUUUGGAAGCCUGUUACAUGUAAAUAGCCAAACAGUCUGUUUAAUUGUACUAAAGCUGUAUAAAGACUUGUUCAACGAGAAUGCGUGCUUGCUCCUGGUUGGGGGAAACCGAUCCCGGCGCCUGUUUGAAGGUAGCAUCUCCGUCCAGUGCUGGUAGGAGCAGAGCAACAUUUCACUCGUCCAGCAGACUGGAGGACAAGCGGCAUUGCUAUGUAAUGCAGAAGUCUUUAGAUUAAACUUAAAGAAAGAGGAAAAAAAAAAAAAAGCAACUUUAUAAUUUAAAUUAUUGUUUUACACCAUUGUAGUGAUUGUUUUUAUAGAUUCCGAAACCUACUUCUAGCGCUCAAGACUUUGCAGCUCGUCUACAGUCAUGUCCGUAGAAUUGGAAAGUCCAUUUUGUUGCCUUAUCAAGUUAAGUUACUUUAAGUUUGACCAAAAAAUAAAUAAAUAAAUAAAUAAAAAUAAGAGAUAGGCAGUGCCUAUGAAUGUUUUCAGCCUACGUUUUUGAGAAGAUGAGUUCUGUUCGUACAUCAGUGUCAUGGUUUGUGUUUUUGCUUUGUCCCAUUAAAAGAAAGAAAAGGAAAAAAAAAGAAAGCAGAA